GCGGAGAAUCGCGCAUUCGUCUCCUGGCACUCGCGCUGCUUGGUUCGUGUGUUGAUAGCCCCAAGCCCCCACAGACGGUUUUAAUCAAUUGAAAAGAGCACAUACGCCCCGGCUCGCUCGAUUUUAUAUAUACACUCGAAAUAUAUUUUAUCAAAGUUUUAUAUUUUAAACCACAAGAACCAUGAGGGAAAUCGUGCACAUUCAGGCUGGCCAGUGCGGUAACCAGAUCGGCGCCAAGUUCUGGGAGAUCAUCAGUGACGAGCACGGUAUCGACCCAACUGGUGCAUACCACGGAGACAGUGACCUCCAACUUGAAAGAAUCAAUGUCUAUUACAAUGAGGCUUCGGGCGGCAAAUACGUGCCCCGCGCCAUCCUCGUCGAUUUGGAGCCCGGCACCAUGGACUCGGUGCGCUCGGGGCCCUUCGGCCAGAUCUUCAGACCCGACAACUUCGUCUUCGGACAGUCGGGCGCCGGCAACAAUUGGGCCAAGGGCCACUACACCGAGGGCGCCGAGCUCGUCGACUCGGUCCUCGACGUCGUGCGCAAAGAAGCCGAGAGCUGCGACUGCCUCCAGGGCUUCCAGCUGACCCACUCGCUCGGUGGUGGCACCGGAUCCGGUAUGGGCACCCUGCUCAUCUCCAAAAUCCGCGAGGAAUACCCCGACAGAAUCAUGAACACCUACUCGGUCGUACCAUCGCCCAAGGUCUCGGACACCGUUGUCGAGCCCUACAACGCCACCCUCUCCGUACAUCAGUUGGUCGAGAAUACCGACGAAACCUACUGCAUUGACAACGAAGCUCUCUAUGACAUCUGCUUCAGAACUCUCAAACUGUCGACGCCCACAUAUGGUGAUCUCAAUCAUCUCGUCUCUCUCACCAUGUCUGGUGUUACUACUUGUCUCAGGUUCCCUGGUCAAUUGAACGCCGACUUGAGAAAACUCGCUGUCAACAUGGUGCCGUUCCCACGUCUUCACUUCUUCAUGCCUGGAUUCGCUCCUCUGACCUCCAGAGGCAGCCAACAGUACAGAGCUCUGUCCGUACCGGAACUGACUCAACAGAUGUUCGACGCCAAGAACAUGAUGGCCGCUUGCGAUCCACGACACGGACGUUACCUCACAGUCGCCGCCAUCUUCCGUGGUCGCAUGUCCAUGAAGGAGGUCGACGAGCAGAUGCUCAACAUCCAGAACAAGAACAGCUCGUACUUCGUCGAAUGGAUCCCCAACAACGUCAAGACCGCCGUGUGCGACAUCCCACCUCGUGGUCUCAAGAUGUCCGCCACCUUCAUUGGAAACAGCACCGCCAUCCAGGAGCUGUUCAAGCGUAUCUCAGAGCAGUUCACUGCUAUGUUCAGAAGAAAAGCUUUCUUGCAUUGGUACACUGGCGAGGGUAUGGACGAGAUGGAGUUCACCGAAGCCGAGUCGAACAUGAACGACUUGGUAUCAGAAUACCAACAGUACCAAGAGGCUACCGCCGACGAAGACGCCGAGUUCGACGAAGAGGCCGAACAGGAGGUCGACGAGAACUAAGAUUGACGAUAAUUAAUUAUAUCACGUACUCAAAAAGAGAAGAAAGAACAAAAUUUAUAAUAAUAAGAAUCCGCUUUUUAACUCGCCUAAAUAAUAUCUUUCAUUUUUUCUCUAUCUGUUUUCUGUUAUCUUUUUGAGUGUGAUUCCGAGAAGCAGAUGAGCGAAAUUUUGAAGGGCUUUUUGUAUUAAGAUAGUUUCUUUUUAGAAAGAGCAUUCCUAAACUUUGUUUCUUUGCUUCUCUUUUAAAAUGCUAUUGUAAUAAGUUUAUCCCGACGAUUCAGAUUUUUUUAGUUUUUAUAAUUGUCCAGUAAAUUAUAUAUAAUUAAAAUCCGUUAAAAAAA